GUGUUGCCACUUUCUGAAGUGAUUGCCGAGGCAGGACAGGGGCAGGGUCAGGAUGGGCCAGGCCUUUCUCUCCGCGAUCGGCUGCUGCGGCAGGCAGCCGGGAAGGUGUUGGGCUGCUGGUGUGACCUGCAGUUGAGGGUGUUUGAGUGUCAAAGUGCGCUUAGGUUCACAUCCAGCGCGGACAAAGUAGCCACGCAGCUCACUGCCACAACGUACAGCUACAUUUUCCAGAACAUGCUCGACAGCACGGUGCGAGUCUUGUUGGAAGAAGAUCCAGAAGGAAUGCUUCAGGCGGCCAAAAAGGGCAUGACGCCUGGCG